AUGAAGGGGAAUGCUAAACGAGAUACUGAAAUUAUAGAGCUUAGAACCAAGAUAGCAAAAUUAGAAUAUAUUAUUGAGGAAAACGGACUUAAAAUACCCUGUUCCGAAGAAAAAUAUAACAAAAAUAUUGCUAAUGAAAAGGAUAUACCUCCUACAGAAGAAAUCCAGUUCAUAUCGUCUGAGAGAACCAAAACUGUUACUGAUGCGAGAAAUGUUUCAACUGAGAACAGCUUUGAAGAAAAACUAGACUCUUCAAGAGAAUUAGAGGAGUUGAUGUCACCUCCAUUAUCAUGUGAUAUAAAUACUAUUCAUGAUCAAGAAAAGACUUCACCAAAAGAAUCUGUACAAAAUAUAUCUCAAAAAUCUAUCGGAAAUUCAGCUGAAACUAGUACAUACGUGCCAAGUGAAGUUGUACAAGGUUUGUUACAAAGAUUUUCGAUAAACUCUAUAGAAAGAGAAAAUAUUGAAAUCAUUAAUAGUAAGUCUUCAGAUUCUGCACCUGCUGAGCUUGCUUAUUUGUUAUAUCAGGCUAAUAUUAAAACCUCAUCUAAUAAUAUGUCUCAAAUCUCUAGUCACGAAGUGACUAUCUCCAGCAAUUCCUCUGAUAUUGAUAAAAUAAGUGGAGAAGUCUCAUGCAGUGAGGAUGCUAUUGUAUCUAAAUCUUUACAAGAGGUGAAUAAUGAUCGAGGUUUCGACUAUGAAUAUGAUUUUGAAGAUCUCUUUGAUAACAGUGAAGAUGAUUCAUGGAGUGAGAAUGCUAAUGUGUCUAAAGAUGAUGAUGGGAUCUAUGGAUUUUCUGACAAUGAUGAUGAAGAAUAUUAUUAUGAUUUAAAUACUGGUAAAACUUACACAAAAUCAGAUCAUCAUUAUUCAAUCAGCCAAAGUGAGGUGUCAUCAUCUUCCACUGAUUCAUCAUCUUCUGCUUGUCCAUCAUCUUCCACUCAUUCAUCAAAUUCUUUAGAUUCAAUUCAAAGAUUCACAAAUAUCAUCUCUCUUGGGAUGGGAGUAAUUGGAAAAGAUACUGAGGCCAAACAUAAUGAUAAGUUGGUCCUAGGCAAUUCAUUUUACGCGUCGUAUCUCAUUAUUAUUAUGGGUAAAAAAGCACUUUCAGCGUGGAUACGUUCCGGCGUCGUAGAAAAGAAUCUUAAAGAAACUUUCGACUCCACUUUGAACGCGCUAUGUGAUGCCUGUCCGUUGAGAAAGUCCCGCGAGUCUAUAUAUAAAUCACUUCGCGACCUUUUAUAUAGCGAUAAGACCUUUCGUCAAAGUUCUCUAGCACACAUCACGAUGUUCGGCUGGCUUGAAGAUAAAAAAUUAUCGUCGUCCUCUUCUUCCUCGUCUCAAAAACAGUCAAAGCCUUUUGCGGUUUUUAAAAAAACGCGGUUUCAUUCAUCUGCUGUUGGUCAACAUGCAACCGUCACCAAUAAUCGCAAAGAUAAUACAACCGCUCGCGGUUCUUCUCCAUCAAUUGAGCAAUCAUUUUCUUUUACCGAAAAGGAACAAGGGGCGAUUAUAGAGCCUUUCAUUAAUCUUGCUGAGAGAGCAGUUUAUGAAUUCCUUGUCAACAACGAAGAUAUUAUUCCUCUAGAAGUCGUUGAAUCAUUCGCGGAUAAACAACGGCCUCCCAUUAGCAAAGACUUCCGCAACGCCGAUCUAUUAUGCAUGUUAAAUUUUAUCCUGGAAAACAUUACUAUUUUCUCAAAAAAAUCCGUGUUCCAUGGCCAAUAUAAGGCCAAUCCUGCCGAGUUGCUAAUUAACUUUAAAAAGAAUGUGAGAAAUAAAUUGGCUCAUGGAAUCGUGGUUAGCGGAAAAGGUCGUUGGAGCGACCAUGCACUCCAGCACGUCUCUAUAUUAGCUUGCGAAGUUAUAAUUUGCCUUGGUGGAAAUUACGAAGAAGUAUUCGCUAACAAGAAAGAUAUUGAUAGCGAAAUAAUUAAACGAUGCAUUGAUAAGGCUUCACAAAAAAGAAAAUCGGAAGUGGUACUUGAUAAUGAAGAGAAUGUCAACCCAUCACAAAAAAGAAAAUUUGACAAUGUAUUUGACGAUAAAGAGAAUAUUGAUGCGUCACAAAAAAGAAGACUUGACGAUUCGGAUCUUGGGAAAAUAACAGAGUUCGUACUUGAUAUUCUCGAAGAUUUAGAAGGCACCGAAAAAGAUGAUGGAAAAAAGAUACUAAAAUUAGUAAUGGAUGAAAAUGAAUACGUGAUAAAGCUUUGGAAAACAAUCAAGGCUGAAGAGAGAAAAAUUCAAGUUCGUAAAUUUAUUCGAUUUGCAAAUGUGAUGUUUGACAUUAAUUUGAAGGCGAAGAAUGAAAAUAAAAGAUACGUAACAGUAUGCGUAAGCGUAAUAAUUUUGUGCAGUUGGCAUCAUGGCAUGGAAAAUAAGUUCUCGCACAAUUGUUACGAAAUCACACCAAAAAUUGGUGUGGGUGGUGCGUCUUACUCUGAGAGCGAUUCAUUUCGUUCAAGGGUCUUUAGUCGUUGCGCUGGACUCGUUGGCUUAACUGAGGAUAAACGAAGCUACUUAUUUUGUGUGUUUCCUGUCAACUGCUUAAAGUUUGUUAUUGUUAUUGUACAUCAACCAUUGACAACCACUUGUGAAUCUAUUUAA